UCAUCAGAAUUAUAAAUUUGUUUUUAAAUCAAAACAUCUUGCAAAACUCAGUAAUUUAUUCAGUUUUGGCAGACAGCCUGGCAAUUAUGUGUCCAUGUGAAAAUAUUUGUUUACCUAAUUUACCCGUAAAUCUUCUCGUAUCGCUUCCAUUUUUAAAAGCCCGAAUACCAUUGACCUCUGACCAAUUUGGUAGACUUUUUGAAAGUCGUAUAAAAUUAAAAAAUGGAAUAUUUACAUGGCCAUUAGGGGGUGUUGGGGUGAAGCUGGACGGGGGGUCGUCAGCAUUCCAACGAGCGUGGCACACAGACAUAUUUAUGGGGAGACGGCGGAGAGAGUCGAGAAAGUGCGGAGAGAAAGCGAGCGGAGAGCGGCGCAGGCGCAGAUCCCGGAUUUUGCGCAGCAGCCCUGCUGCGAGAUGAAUUGUGGCGAAUUUCGACUUGCCAAUUCGCAGCCCGUAUCUGUAUCUUCAGUACGGAUUCUUCGCGUGGCGAGAAAAGCACUUCCCGGCGCUGCUGCCUCCAGGACUUUCGUCGGCGAUUUAUAAUUAAAUCACAGUAACUCGGGACAGACCGAAAAACAGCGGAGAGCAAAAACAGACAGCUGAAAAGAGAACUCGUGGGGCUAGCUUCAAAACCCCAACUGCAGUGGCGAGCAAAAUCAUUUUUAUUGACAUUCAUCUUAGUUGCUGUCGCCCGUCGCCUGUCACUGUCACUGUCCCUUUAUCCCUCGGUGCGCCCCAAAAACCCCACUUUAUAGCCCCCAAGUCCCCUGGUUCCCGACUCCCGACUCCCGGUGCUCGCGUGUCGCGUGUUGCAAGUGCGUGGGUCUCCCAUCAAAUCACUGGAUAUAUCAAGCGGUACGACACGCGCGCCGUUUUUGAUUUUUCGCUUAGCGGCACAGAAAUUGGGUCUCGCAGAAAGUGCGGAGAAUCGCUGGAGAGGAGGGGAAAUUCGGAAAAUAAACGGAAAAUCGGGUACACACACAAACACGCACUGGUACUUUGUGUUUAAUGCAUUUGGCCCGUCGUCUGGCCUAAGCAAUUCGGCGAUAUGUAAAUUGUGCCCAAUUCCUUUGGAAUUUUUGUCAACGCCAGUGAAUUGGUAAACAGCAGCCGCUGGAGCCGGAGGGAGAGCGGCUGGCAGGACGCAGGACGCAGGACUAAGCCAACAGUAACAGCAACAAGGACAGGAGCAACAGCAGCAGAAGCCCCAGCAGCAGCAGCGAAACAGGAGAUCCUGGCGCACUUCCUUUGAGUCAUCACUGCCGUUGAGCACUAUUUAAGCAUUCCUGAAAGGAUACCAGCGGCAUCAGCCCCAGCAGGACCAACUUUCCACUCGAAGCAAAUUAAAAGAAAAGAACUCGGCCGCGCUGGAGGGGGUGGCCAGGAGGCGGCAAAAUCAAUAGUGCCGAAGAAGUGUGGCCAAAGUGCUGAGUAAUGUGGAGUAAUGGAGACCUUUUUGCUGGCGGCGGCUACAUGAUGUGAAACAUGGCAAUCGAAUCAGCCAAAGCCAUUUAGGGUCAUCAAUUGCCAGGGUCGUGGAAAUCGGCAGCAGGAGCGCCGCACGAAGCCAUAUGCACCGCAGCAUGGAGCGCAGGAGGAGCAGGACCCCGAGGGCUCUGCCAGUCUGCUGGAUUCUGCUGUGCCUGGUGGCCUGGACGUUGGCGGACGACUGGUCCCUGAGCUGCGCCUCCAACUGCACCUGCAAGUGGACCAACGGCAAGAAGUCGGCCAUCUGCAGCUCCCUGCAGCUGACCACCAUUCCGAACACGCUGAGCACGGAGCUCCAGGUGCUGGUGCUGAACGACAACCACAUCCCGUACCUCAACCGGGAGGAGUUCUCCACCUUGGGGCUGCUCAACCUGCAGCGCAUUUACCUCAAGAAGUCCGAGGUGCAGUACAUACACAAGGAGUCCUUCCGCAACCUCAAGAUCCUGGUGGAGAUCGACCUGUCGGACAACAAGCUGGAGAUGCUCGACAAGGACACCUUCAUGGGAAACGAUCGCCUGAGGAUACUCUAUCUGAACGGGAAUCCCCUCAAGCGGCUGGCUGCCUACCAGUUCCCCAUUCUGCCCCACCUGCGCACCUUGGACAUGCACGACUGCCUGAUCUCGUACAUAGAUCCCAUGUCCCUGGCCAACCUCAACCUGCUGGAGUUCCUCAACCUGAAGAACAACCUGCUGGAGAGCCUCAGCGAGUACGUGUUCCAGCACAUGGCCAACUUGAAGACGCUCUCGCUGGAGGAGAAUCCGUGGCAGUGCAACUGCAAGCUGCGAAAGUUCCGCGGCUGGUAUGUCAACAGCCGCCUGAGUUCCGUGAGCCUGGUGUGCAAGGGGCCGCCGGCCCAGAAGGACCGCUCCUGGGACAGCGUGGACGACGAGCUCUUCGCCUGUCCGCCGCGAGUGGAGAUCUUCAACAACGAGGAGGUGCAGAACAUCGACAUCGGAAGCAAUACCACCUUCAGCUGCCUGGUUUACGGCGAUCCCCUGCCGGAGGUGGCCUGGGAGCUGAAUGGAAAGAUCCUGGACAACGACAACGUGCUCUUCGACUCGGAGAGCAUCUCCUCGGACAAGCUGUGGAGCAACCUGACCGUCUUCAACGUGACCAGCCUGGAUGCCGGGACCUACGCCUGCACGGGCUCGAACUCCAUAGGCAGCAUGACCCAGAAUAUCAGCAUCUACCUCAGCGAGAUCGUUCAGCACGUGCUGGAGAAGACGCCCGAGACCUUCUGGUACUUCGGCCUCAUCAUGGGCAUCUUCGGCACCGUCUUCCUGCUGAUCUCGAUCUCGUUUGUGGUCUGCCUGUGCAAGCGCACCACCCGGCAGCAUCGACAUGCCAACAAGGCGGGCGUGAAGUCCAGCGUUAGCUUCAAUGACCAGGAGAAGAAGCUGCUGGACUCGAGUGUCACCACCACCACCAACGAUCGGGGGGACAGCUACGGCAUCGACAACCAGCCCACUUCCAUUGGCAUGAACAAGGCGGACUCGGCCGGAAUGGGCUUCAACCAGAUAGAGAUCCACGCGGUGGACAGUCACCGCCACGGGAGCAUGCUGGUGCAGCAGCAGCCGCAGCAGCAGCAGAUGCAAGGAGGACCUGGCAUGCGGCAGCAGCUGAUGCAGGUGAAGGAUCCCACCUGCGGCAUGAUGAGUGUGCCCACCUCGAUGGCCGGCCACACACACGCGCAUCCCGCCCAGAUCUCCGAGGAGUUCCCGCUGAACGUGGGCGUCUUUCCACCGCCGCCGGAGUUCUGCUCGAACAUAGUCCCGAAUCCCGCUUUCGGGGGCAAUAUCUUCAUCCGGGUGUCCGUCACCCAGGACAUGCUGGAUGGCGCGGACUUGAACAUGUAUCCGGAUCUGCUGAACAUUCCCAAGAGGAUGCAGGACGUGCAGGAGAGUGGUGCUGGCGCAGUGGCCGUGCCAGAGGGGCAGUUCGCCACUCUGCCAAGACACACAGCCAGGAGGGGCAUCCUCAAGAAGGACUCCUCCUUGCAGCAACAGCAGCAGCAGCAGCAACAUCAGCAGCAGCAACAGCAGCUCCAGCAGCAGCACCAGCAACUCCAGCAGCAGCACCAACCAUCCGGACUCUACACCCAUGACGAGAUCGUGACCUACAACCUGGAGGCCAGUGGCUACGACCCCCACCAGUCGACGUACCACAGCAAUGCCAUGGAGCUGCCGCCACCGCCGCCCCCGCCCGCCGUAACAGCGGUGGUGCAGUGCCACCACCCGAGUCCCAGCAACUGCGCCAGCUGCAUCAACAGUGCUCAGCAGCCGCCCUCCGCCUGCCCAACGCCGCCCGUCGAGGUCACGCCCAUGCGGCCGCUGGACAGCUCGGCCUACCCCAAGUACGACAACAUGGGACGGCGGAUCACGGCGAGCGGCGGACUCGGUGGCUCCAACCUCUCCCUGCCCGACGAGGAGCGGUACGAGAACGAGACACUUUUCGGCCAGGCGGAGGGCCAAUCCAAGGGCGUUCCGGAGCAGUCGCAGGAUCUUCACCAGCCGCAGGAGGCGACCCAGGGCCAGGACAAGGGCGGCGGUCCUGGCGAGUUCGUGUCGCUCUAGUAUUACGGUACCCAGGUGUAAAUAGGUCAAUAGAUUCGUGUCGUCCCCCACAGCCCCGGGAAAUCCUUGGCAAUCGUUUGGUUCAUAUCAGUUUGAGAAGCGAGUGCUCGAAAUGAAUAGAUGUAUAUGUAGAAACCCACGCAAUCUAUUGACUGUAUCACAGCAUCCUGAAGAACUUGAAAACAAAGAGCAAUUCGCACAGAAUCAAAAGGAAACUCGGUCUGGACUGUUUGGACUUUCAUUUUAAAGACGUUAUCAGACGGAUUUUAAAUGCCAAUGACUUUAUUUAUAUAACUUUGUUCUUUAUUACGAUUUAUUUGUUAUUAUCAACUUUGUCUUUACCUAUAUUAUAGUCUUCUUUAAUCUUGAAAACAUCAAAUUCUUCGAAUUUUUUUUUUAUUAUUUCAUUUACAGUCUGUAAAGUAGAAAAUCCAAAUAUGUCUGUCGUCGAGCCCCAAUCAAAAUCACAGAGAAUUUGAGAAUGUUGAGUUAACAGCGAGGAAAGCAAAGACAACACUUAUUUUCCAUUCGGAUUGCACUCUCAGACUAGAUACCGUCAAAGUAUACACUUCUAAUUAAUACUCCAUUAGAGACUCCAUCUGUCCCAAUCCUAGCUAGCAUUCGGUAGUAGUCCACUCGAAGUCUGUACCUCUAUAGGGUCGAUUCUAGGUGUAUUCUAGAGGGUAUAGCGACCAAAACUGAUCUUCAUAAGGUGUAUAGUACGAUUAGUCGCAAGGGAGGGAUCCAUGGCCCGUCGAGUCUUAGACAUAGUGCUUCUGGGGUGCUAGUUUCGCGGGAGUAUCCAUAAACGUUUUAGAGAUCAGACACUGAAUAGGAUUAGCUCGGUGUAGGACGAGGAGGAGAAGCCAAAUUAUAUCUCUAGAUAUGCAUCUAUAUACAAUGUUAGCCAGAUCUACUACGCCCUUAUAUACGCCCGUAUAACCACCUUGAUGUGCAGUGGAUAUAUAAGUACUUUAUCUAGUUUUUAGCCCCCUCGGCCCGUAAAAUAGUUCCUUUCUUGUACAUAUGUAAAUGUAUUCCUAAUCGCCUAAGGACUUUUAAUCAAAAUAAUUUUAUGCCUCUAGCCGAGAAAGUAUCGCGUAUAUCACAGCGUCGUGCCAAUGUUUUAAAGUCAAUGUCUGUUUUUAACCUGUUAACCUCUGCGAUUGUUUAGACCUGUUAGAGCCCGUUUCGAUUACGUAACCGCAGGACUUGCUGAACACUUGGUACCUAUGAUUUAGUCAGUCUCAAGGACAGCCCGCUCCUGUCCCACCAUCCCAGUUCCUCCUCAGUUGCCCACUCGAAGUCCUGCAAGUAGACCAAAUCUAAAUCUAAAUACGACAUAAUUACGUAACACAUAGCUAUAUAUACACCUGCAUACGUUUGUACUGUGUGUAAUCUGAGUGUAGAAGAAACGCAAAGCAAAUGCGACCCAGGCGAGGCUAUAUCGAUGUGUAUAUCUUAUAUAGUAAACAUAUGUAACAUUUAUCGGGAUCCAUGUACUUGGAGGAGGCAGAGGAAGGCCGAGGCACGCGAGGAGAGAGGCCGCAUAGAUGGAUUUUUUGUGUCUGUAGAAAGUUUCAAAUUCGAGCUUGGUAAUGUAAAAGUAAGCUAUAGAAGUCAGUAUAAGUACACGAUAACCCCCUUCAUGACCACGCCCACUCCACUCGCCGCCCCGCUGAAUGACUGUGUGUGCGUGCGUGUGCGGAAUAAUUAAACACUGAAUGCAAUGAAUUACUACAAUAAUUGUGGGAAAGUAUGCUGGCAAAUAUUUGCACAACUUCCCUGCGAUUGCCCCCACCCCCUGGCACCCCUUAUUUGUUUUAUCGCUGUUGUUGUUUGAUGUGUGCCGAGUGCGAGCGAAGGGAUUUUUGUAUUUUGGUAUUAUGAACUGAGCCAGAGCAAAUUUGCACGGCGCACACAAAGCAGGGCAAACAGAGCUUCUAGUUUGAACUGCAUAACUGAACAACUGCAUCCGCGUUUUUUGCUGCGAACCUCAUUUUUGACAGCGCAGAUGAAUGAUUCAAUCAAAGCACUAUUUGUCCGCUCUAAUGGACGGGAAGGGAUCCGAGUUCGAAACAGAAUCCGCGUCGAGGGAGGAGCUGUACAUAGGCCAUUUUAAUUACAUCAUACUCGCGCAGACAGCCAAUAUUUUAUUCAUUUUAAAUCGUUUUAACUAAUUAAAACCAAAUGGAAACCGCGAACAGGGCGAGAGCAAAGACAAGUGUAAACACGCAAAUAGAGUAAUGGGUAAUGGGAAUAAUGAGGGCCCGACUAGAGGAAAUUUAAACUAUGCUUUUAACAACGUUUCCCGUUUCCCCACUUCCCCGUUUCCUCAACCCCGUUUUCCCGACCGCCACGCCACGCAGCGCCACGCGUUUUCCGGGCGGAGAUGGAAACGUAACUAUGAUUUUAAUUACUCUGCUCGAAUGCAAAUGGAAGGCGCACACAGAGCCAGAUACUCGUACCUAGCUGCGAAAUGUAUCUGAAUCCGGGUAUCUGCAUCUGCGUGCGGCAGCCAUUGAAGGGCCGAAAAAGCGAAAGAGCGGUAAAAUUAACUUUUGUGAGCGCUGCGGAGGCUGCCGAAUAUAAAUUAAACUCGAAUGACGAAUAGUAGUGACAAAUUUUGUACAAUACAUAAAAGCGCAUUGCAUAUUGCAUUUUAACUUGAAUUCAUUCAAAGCUGAAAUUAGCCCAAUCUCACGAGCCCCACAGCAUCAGAACUACAGAGUCAUAGCAUCACAGAAUCCACCACGGACGAGCACACUUGUACACUCGUCGUAUGCGCAUUUAUAAAUACAAAACAUCCCGACAGGACGCGAGGACGGUACAGUUGUCGACAGACGACAGUCGACAGGACACACGGAUGCGGACACGCACGGACGUGCACGACAUGACAGACCGGAAAGGCCAACAUUUAACAAACAAUAUAGCCGAGAAUACAUUGUAAUAGCAUUAAUAGAUUGUCAAGCUUUAUUACACACUAUAUUAACAUAGAUGGAAUAAUAAUAAUAAUUAUUACUACAGUAAUAAUACGAGUACAGACAAAGAACACAAAGAGAAUAUGAAUAAAUUUAAUAAAACCAA